AUGCUUCCCUGCGGGCAGCUCAAGAACGCUUCAGUGAAGGACAUGCUUUUUUCGCUGGAGAAAGAUGUUUGGCUGGCGAUGCUGAAAGUGUUUGGCUGGGGGGCUGAGGCAUUGAUGCUGGCGGCUGCUCAAGAACGCUUCAGUGAAGGAAAUGCUUUUUCGCUGGAGGAGGGUGUGGCUGGCGAUGCUGAAAGAGUGCGUCAUCAUCGUCAUCAUCGUCAUCAUCAUCAUCAUCUUCAACAUCACCAUCAUCAUCAUCAUCAUCAUCAUCGUCAUCAUCAUCAUCAUCAUCAUCAUCAUCAGCAUCAGCAGCAUCAUCAUCAUCAUCAUCAUCAUCGUCCUCAUCGCCAUUUUCGACAUCGUCGACAUCAUCGUCGCUUUGCACUACGACAAAGCCUUCGGGAACCCUGGCCCUGUAGGCAGAUCAGCGACGGCCCUCCUACGAGGCGACUCAAGCCGCGUGCCAAGCAGGUGCCGGGGUCCGCGUGGACGACUUGCUCGCAGACUUUGAGGAAGGCGCAGGCGGGUGAGCUUUACAGCGGGGAAGGUGAGGUGGAAGAUGGGGAGGUCUCCUUUGACCUCUCAACCUCCGAUGGCGGCUUCUUCAUCUCUGCCGGCGGGGGCGGCUUGAACCUGCCCUUGGACGAGGACGGCCAGUCGCCCGGCCUGCCGGUCGACCGCCCACGCAUUUGUAUUUGA